AUGUUGGAAGGAAAAGCUGUGGUGAAAGAAACAGACAUGCCCUUGAAGAUGCAAAUCCAAGCCAUGUCAUUUGCUUCUCACGCCCUUGAUCUGUAUGAUGUUUAUGAUUGCAUAUCUAUUGCAGGAUACAUCAAGAAGGAGUUUGAUAAGAUGUAUGGAAGUGGGUGGCAGUGUGUAGUGGGUUCCAAUUUUGGGUGCUUUUUCAGUCAUUCACCAGGGACUUUCAUUUACUUUGCUUUGGAGACCCUCAACUUUCUAAUCUACAAGGGGGUCCCCUCUUGA